AUGUUUUACUCUCAUCAGCUUCUUGCUCGAAAAGCUCCACUCGGUCAAAUUUGGUACUUACAUUUUACGAUGGCUGCGACUAUGCACUCGAAGAUAAACAGAAGAAAGUUAAAUAAACUCAAUAUCAUCAAGAUUUGUGAAGAGAUUCUGAAUCCAUCGAUUCCUAUGGCUCUUAGACUUUCUGGAAUUCUCAUGGGAGGAGUAGUGAUUGUGUACGAGAGAAAAGUGAAGCUACUUUUUGAUGACGUUUCACGUCUACUGGUUGAGAUAAAUGAAGCUUGGAAGGUAAAGAGUGCUCCAGAUCCUACAAUGCUUCCUAAAGGAAAAUCUCAAGCCAAGAAAGGGACAAUCACUAUGCCAGAGAAAGAAGAGAUGGCUCUGGGUGAUAUUGAACAGUCCCUCCAGUUUUCCAAUGCAACAGCUACAAUGGGGUUCCAACAAACCGCUUAUUUUACCAUGCGACUGGAUGCCGUGGAAGAACCUAACAUUGGUAAUGGAGGAAGAGAGGAUGAAGAUCCAUUGGAUAAUCUUCAUCAAGCUGAUGUGGAGAAUAUUACAUUAUUUGAAUCUUUCCAAGCUAAUGUGGAUCCACACAAUCGCUUUGAGAGGUUUGACAUCGAAGGAGAUGACGAAACACAGGUAAAUGUAACAUCAGGAGAUUAUAAUCAAAUUCCAAGUAUUCUUAUACCCUCCCCACCUCCUCCAGAUGACCCAAAGAGAGACGAUUUAACUCAAGACCAACCUCCUGAGCACCCGAUUAGCCAGCUACCUAAUGACGACAUUCAAGCUAGACACCAGGAGCAUAAAAGGCGAGGGCCAACUAAGAGGAAAAGAGGAAAACCAGUGGCAAUAACAAUGGAUUGUGAGCAAACCAUGAUCCCUGCUCAUAUAUACCAACGCUGGCUUCAAAGUGCUUCUGAUUUAGUCUCAAGAAGAGGAAGAAAGAAAAAGGGAACUGAUAUCAUGUCUUCAACAAAGAUAGUUGACCUCAUGAAGCUGCCACCCGUUACGCUAAUGGGAGACUUAUAUUCAAGUGUAAACAGAGAUAUAUAUUAUCCAGCACCUCUUCUUGAUUUAUGGAUUAAGAGCACUCAACCACCCCAUGAUUCACCUUCAGCAACAAGGAUUUCAACACAAUAUCCUCCAGAACCAUCAGCUUCAUCACCUCCAGGAGUUCCUAACACCAACGAUGAUUUCACAGGAUUUGUAAGUCUCGUACAAGAAUCUGUUUAUCAUUUUGAAGAUUUUGACAGUAGGCUAGACAACCUAUUUAAUGCUCCGGUAGAGACGGGGCGGGCACCGAUUUUUGACAAUGGUUUUAGAGUACCUGAAGCUACUCCUCAUGUUUCAUCAGGGAAAUCUGACACAAUUCCAGGAGUAGACACUGCAUUUUCCAUCCCAAGUACAGUAUCUGAGCAUGGUCUUUCCUCACAUUCAGACUUUGAGAAAGGAAGAAUCAGAAAGAGAAGGUAUUCAUCAUCUGGAAACAGCAGCGGAGGGCUUCAGCCAGUAGCAGAGAAUGAAAAUUUCAGGAAUGUAAAUUUCAAGUUAUCUAGGCUGUCUGACAUUGGCCCAACACCUGAUCAAGGUACUUUAAGUUUCUUUUCAGAACUUCUUGUGGAGACAGGACCCACACAAACACAAGGAAAGACCAACCAUCCUAGUGACAAGAUAACUGAUUCUAUCCUAGCGCAGAUGAGAGCACAUUUCGACACCCCAGGAGCUCCUCAAUUUGAAUCUCUCGAUAUCCUAGCUGCUGGAAUGACCCGAAAAUCAGCAGCGCAACUUUUCUAUCAAACUUGUGUUCUUGCUACCCGUGAUGCCCUUAGAGUUGAGCAGAAGGCUCCCUAUGGAGAGAUUCUCAUCUUUAGAGGAUCAAAGAUGUGAUGAA